UUCUAGUGCGAAGCGAAAAAAGCUUGUGUUUCCUCUUCUCAAUUUCCAGUGCAUUGAUCAAAGGAAGAAUGGCGAGAGCAUUGGGGACUACUCACGUCGCUACUCCAGCAGCGACGACUCGCACUCGCAGGCACAGGAUCCCGUCGUGCGUGCAGUGCGGGACUCGGCAGAAUCCAUGCCAUGUCAAGGUAAUCGGGCCGACGCUAGGAUUUGUGGCAUUCGCAAUUGCAGCGGCGGUGGAGUGGCCCGUGGGAGCGAUCAUGUACCCGUUUCGCCGUAUCAAGGGGCGCAGGAUGAUCGGGCAUCCGAUGAGAGUGGUGUAUCCUCGUGUCUCAAGCGCCAUUCCCUUCUAAAUCAUAGAUCUCCCACGCUCCACUUUCCGGGUGGGCAGAAAGAAUGGAGGGAUGUCCUCAUGGAGGAGUGAUCCUUUCUUUUACUGUAGAGUUUCCACAAUCAAAGCAAAGUGUUCUUUCUUUCC